AUGGCUGAUCCCACCUUCAACGCGGGGAUUAGCGGCCGGAACGUUGUUGCCGCGCCAUACGCUGCAGACGGCGGGACAAACAACUUUUACUUUGCCAACGAUCGCCCGUCGGAACCGCGCAAGCCGUUCUCGACUGUUCCCUUCCCGCCUGAUCCCGACUUUGUCGAUCGGCCUAUCAUCACCUCAUGGCUGCGCGACAAAUGUAGUCGACCGGCUAGUCGCGCCGCUCUUGUAGGGCUGGGCGGUAUCGGGAAAUCACAACUAGCCGUUCACUACGCGCAUGAAAUCCGACAAGGUUCGCCGAACACACACAUCUUCUGGGUGCACGCAGGCACCAAAGCACGAUUUGAAGAGGCAUACAGCGCCAUUGCUGAUAGGCUGGAAUUGCCUCGCCGUCAUGAUCCCAAUGUCGAUGUGGUUCGAUUGGUGUAUGACUGGAUGUGCACUGAGGAGAAUGGACAGUGGUUCAUGGUUCUCGACAAUGCUGACGACGUUGAUGUCUUCUUUCCGAGAUCGAACCGCGAGCAGAAUGUGCCCGUGACCUCGCAGGCACGCCAGCCGCUCGCGUCCUUCCUGCCGCAGAGUUCCAGCGGAAUGAUCCUUGUUACAUCACGGAGUAGGGACGUAGCCGAGCGGCUAACGGGUAGUAGCUGGAACGUCUUGUCAUUAGAGGCGAUGGAAGAAUACCAGGCACAGAAGCUGUUACGAAACAAGCUUCAGGAGAUGCACGACGAAGACGUGGUGCCCGAAUUGCUUCAGGCCCUAGAGUACAUGCCUCUGGCCAUCACACAGGCGGCCGCAUACAUUCUCCGACGAGCACCUCGAAUGUCGCCGUCUAAGUAUCUGGAAGAGUUUCGAAAAAGCGAAAAGAAAAGGGCGAGCCUCCUCAACAGAAAUAUGGGUGAUCUUCGGCGAGACCCAACCGCCUCGAACUCGGUCGUUACAACGUGGCAGAUCACAUUUGAUAACAUCCGUCAAGAGAGGCAAUCAGCAGCCGACCUGCUUGCAUUCCUGAGCUUUUUCAAUCCACAGGGAAUUCCUGAGUGGGUAGUUCGGAGUUACCAGCGCAGCAAGCACCUCAGUGAGAAAGAUGACAGUGAGGAAGAUGGCAGUGAGGACGAGAUCUCUGAGGAUGAUCUCAAUUUGCUCCGCGAAUUUUCGUUAGUAACGAUAACCACGCAAAAGGGUGUGCUUGAGAUGCACGCGCUCGUGCAGUUCUGCACACGAAUCUGGCUCUCAUCGUUUGACAACGUACAAAAAUGGAAACAGAGUUUCCUACAGGUCCUAUCAAGAGAAUACCCAAAUGGAGAGUAUGAAAGCUGGGCAAGAUGCCGGGAACUGGACCCCCAUACUGAGCUUUUCCUUAAAAAAGAACCUGAGAAUGAGGACGACACCAAGGAUUAUAUGGUCCUACUUACAAAUGUAGGGUGGUAUAAACGGGCGAUAGGGAAGUACGAUGAGGCAGAGCAGUUGAAUCGAAAGGCACUAAAGGGCAGAGAGAAGGUCCUAGGCAAAGAGCAUCCUGACACGCUUAGAAGCGUUAAUAAUCUUGCCUCAGUUCUAUAUGAUCAGGGAAAAUAUGAUGAGGCAGAGCAGCUACAUCGACAAGCACUAGAGGGCAGUGAGAAGGUCCUAGGCAAAGAGCAUCCUGAGACGCUUAGAAGCGUUAAUAAUCUUGCCUUAGUUCUGCAGUCUCAGGGAAAAUAUGAUGAGGCAGAGCAGCUACAUCGACAAGCACUAGAGGGCAGUGAGAAGGUCCUAGGCAAAGAGCAUCCUGAGACGCUUAGAAGCGUUAAUAAUCUUGCCUUAGUUCUGCAGUCUCAGGGAAAAUAUGAUGAGGCAGAGCAGCUACAUCGACAAGCACUAGAGGGCAGUGAGAAGGUCCUAGGCAAAGAGCAUCCUAACACGCUUAUAAGCGUUAAUAAUCUUGCCUUAGUUCUGCAGUCUCAGGGAAAAUAUGAUGAGGCAAAGCAGCUACAUCAACAGGCACUAGAGGGCAGUGAGAAGGUCCUAGGCAAAGAGCAUCCUAACACGCUUAUAAGCGUCAGUUAUCUUGCCUUAGUUCUAUAUGAUCAGGGAAAAUAUGAUGAGGCAGAGCAGCUAUAUCGACAGGCACUAGAGGGCAGUGAGAAGAUCUUAGGCAAAGAGCAUCCUGACACGCUUAUAAGCGUUAGCAAUCUUGCCUCAGUGCUACAAAACCAGGGGAAAUACGAGGAGGCAGAGCAGCUACAUCGACAAGCACUAGAGGGCAGAGAGAAGGUCCUAGGCAAAGAGCAUCCUAGUACGCUUACAAGCCUUGAUAACCUUGCCUCAGUACUGCGAGAUCAGGGGAAAUACGAAGAGGCAGAGCAAUUACAUCAACAAGCGUUCUUUGGCUUCAAGAAGGUUCUGGGCAAAGAGCAUCCCAAUACCAUUGUUACCGCUGAGAAUUUGAUCUUGGUGCUGAAAAUCCAGGGGAAGCAUAAAGAGGCAGAGCAGAUAAAAUGCUAG